AUGCCACUGUUUGAGGAUCAGCAAAUCGAUCUUUUUCGGCUAUUGUUGAUGAAGAAUCCUAGCGACUACAUCAACAUUGGGAUAUGCGACGCUGAUGAUUAUCGACGACUUUGUCACUGUAUACGAGCCAUUCAUUCACAUCUCAGUUACAAGGGAUUGGUAUUGAUUGGUCCCAACAAUAACAACAACAACAAUACCACGACCACCAAUGAUAUACCUGAAUCACCGAGCAGUAGCCACUCAGUGUUGUCAAUUCCGGCAAAUGCCGAGGAGCAAGAAAAUAUUUUGCGUGUGAUCGAUGCUGUGGAUCGCUAUGCAUUGCCGAGUUUAUCGUCUUCCUCUUCUUCGGCAUGGAUACCGAGUAGCCCACCGACCCCGCCAUUUUCAAAAUCCACCACCACCAACAACAUCACGUUCACUCCACACGACAAACAAAAGUCGUCUGUGCGCUCCUCAUUCUUAUCGGUCCUUAGUGAAAGCACAAUUACAACUACAGUAGAAGAAGAAGAAGAAGAAGAAGACGAGAUACCCAAUGAGAUACAACAACAACACCCUUUAGACCAUACAACAACAUCAUCAUAUCACCAACAACUAGAAGAAGAUGACCAUCAUCGUUCACCUCCUCCUGCAUACAAUGAUCCUGAUGCAUCCACAUCCUCUAUUCUAACAUCACCAUCAUCAUCAAUAAAUCGCCAAGAAACAACAACAACAACUCGAGUAGGUAGACCUGGCAUGGUUGUACCACGUCCACCUAAAACAACACCUCCUCGUCGCCGUCCAUUAUCUAUGCCGGUUUGUCUCGUUUCUCCUGAACAACAAAACGAUGAUAAUAAUAACAAUACAUCACGUCCAACCAGCACUGCAUCCACCAUCAAUCGAAGAUCACUCAUUGUUUUAUCGACAUCACCACCUGAUUAUCAUGAUACAGCCUUGAUGAAACGCUGGGAAAAAUGUCGGUCGUGUAUUUUACCCCGAGAAGAAGAGGGUCGGGAAGAAUUGCCGCCUUACAAAUGCACCGUAUACAAAAUGGGUCAUGUGCAUAUCAAACGUGAAAUGGAUGCCCCAGGUGUAAGAACCCGGUGGCGCUUGUGGAGGAAAUUGUAUUUCGAGCUAUGGGGUACCGUACUUCGCAUUUAUAGAGCAUCACCUCAUGGGAGUGGAUAUUAUUCUCGUUUGGAAAAGCGUCUGCCAUCAAGAUUACCACUUGCUCAAUGGUCACGCUAUUAUUAUCAGCCAAUACAUACGCUAUCCCUUGCUGGUGCUGAAGCCGGUCGUGCUUGGGAUUAUACAAAACGACCUCAUGUACUCCGCCUCACAACAGCUCAUGGUCCACAAUUGCUGCUACGUCUAUCCUCACAUGUCGAAAUGAUAUCAUGGAUUGAACAUUUGCAAGCAGCAAUCAACAUUUCUCUCGAUCUCGAACAACGACCUAUGCCCAAGUUCAUGACACUGCCUAAUCGUGCUUCGAUCAAUGGAACACCCAUGACAUCUCGGGCACUUGAAAUUGAACGUGCUCGUGAACGAAGGCGCCGCAGCCAAAGGGAAAUGCUGAUAUAG